AUGUCGUGGAAAAAAGUUAUGUUUGGGAAUGCUGCAAGGCCCAGAUCAAUUCAGGUGUUGUGGAUGGCUUGUCAUGUGAGGCUACCCACGAAAGCGAGGCUGCAUAGGCUGGGAUUUAUAGCUAACACUGAGUGUAUAUUUUGCAGGAAUGUGGAAACUCAAGAUCACCUAUUGUUUGAGUGUGCUGAGAUGAAACAGAUAUUGGGUAGCAUUCUUAGAUGGUUGGAAGUCUUACAUCAGCCUGAAGAAUGGAAGAAGGAAAUACACUGGAUAACUAGCUUGUGCAAUAACAAAGGGAGUAUAAUGAAGAUUCUUCAGUGUUGGAGGUUUAGGAACCAAAUCUGUUUUGGGGAAAAAACCAGCCAUGAAGUUGUUGUCUCGAAGAUAGUUGAUGCCACGGUGUACCGAUGUUGGGCAAAGCCUAAGCUUAGAGUUUCUCUUAAUGUUAUUGUCUUAGGUCUGUUUGUUGUUUAUCUUGUAGACUGGCUUGUUGGAUCCAUUGGAUCACUUGGGUGUAAUAGUUUUUGA